UGUAGGUUCGAGGGAAUCUCUUGGAACUCAGAUGAAACUCGUAUAGCAUAUGUUGCUGAAGAGCCUUCCCCUGCAAAGCCUACAUUCAAUGACUAGGGCUACAAGGUAAGUGGUUCUGAUGACAAGGAUUCCAGCAGCUGGAAAGGUCAAGGAGAUUGGGAGGAAGACUGGGGAGAAACAUAUGCGGGAAAAAGACAGCCUGCACUUUUUGUCAUAAACAUUACUAGUGGAGAGGUUCAAGCCGUCAAAGGCAUUGACAGAUUUUUGAGUGUUGGCCAAGUUGUGUGGGCUCCAUCAAGUGAAGGCUCUGCACAAUAUUUGGUUUUUGUUGGAUGGUCAUAUGAGACAAGAAAACUUGGUAUUAAGUACUGCUAUAACAGGGCUUGUGCAGUAUAUGCUGUUAAAGCACCACACGAAUCAAAACCUAAUGAAAAUGAGAUCCACUCAACUGAAGAUGCUCAUGCACUAAUCCUAACUCAAACCAUAAGUAGUGCUUUUCUCCCACGGUUCAGCCCAGAUGGAAAUUUUCUUGUAUUUUUAUCAGCAAGAAGCUCAGUUGAUACUGGAGCCCAUUCUGCUACAAAUUCACUUCAUAGAAUUGAUUGGCCGAAGGAUGUGAAACUCUAUCAAUCUGCAAAAGUUCAUGAUGUGAUACCAGUUGUGCUGUGUGCGGACGAUGAUGGCUUUCCUGGGCUUUACUUUUCAAGUAUCCUUAGUGAUCCAUGGCUUUCUGAUGGCCACACAUUGAUUAUACCCUCUGUCUGGCACAGCAGUCAAGUUUUACUUUCUGUAAAUGUGUUGAGUGGACAAAUAAAACGAAUCACCCCUGCGGACUCAAAUUUCUCGUGGAGUCUCCUUACGUUGCAUGGGAACAAUAUUUUUGCUGUUUCUAGCAGUCCAGUAGAUGUUCCUCAAGUCAAGUAUGGAACCUUUGUUGAGAAGGAAGGUGGUAAUAGUGAAUGGAGGUGGUCAGAUGUAUCAAAUCCCAUAUAUAAAUGCUCUGACAAGGUAAGAUCUUUGUUGUCCUCUCUUACGUUUAGUAUAAUGAAGAUCUCAGUCAAGGAUGCUUCUGAAAAUCCAACUAAAGGUUCUUGUAAACCUUUUGAAUCUAUAUUUGUGUCAUCAAAAACCAAGAAAAGCGACGCAUGUGAUCCACUAAUUGUGGUCCUUCAUGGGGGACCACACGCAGUCUCAUUGUCAAGCUUUUCAAAGUCACAUGCUUUUCUUUCUUCACUUGGAUAUAGCUUGUUGAUUGUCAACUACAGAGGUUCAUUAGGAUUUGGAGAGGAAGCCUUACAAUCUCUUCCGGGGAAGAUUGGAUCUCAGGACGUCAAUGAUGUACUCAGUGCUAUUGAUCAUGUCAUAGACUUGGGACUUGCCAGUCCAUCAAAGAUUGCAGUGCUUGGUGGUUCACAUGGUGGCUUUCUGACAACCCACUUGAUUGGCCAGGCUCCAGAGAAGUUUGUUGCAGCAGCUGCUAGGAAUCCUGUUUGUAACCUUGCGCUGAUGGUUGGUACAACUGAUAUUCCUGAUUGGUGCUUUUUGGAGAGCUAUGGUACCAAGGGAAGGGAUAGGAUAACUGAAGCACCUUCAGCAGAGGAUCUGACUCUAUUUUAUAGCAAGUCUCCCAUCGCACACCUCUCGAAGGUAAAAACAACAACAGUGUUUCUCUUAGGUGCCCAAGAUCUUCGUGUACCAAUUUCGACUGGACUACAAUAUGCUCGGGCUUUAAAGGAAAAAGGAGUGCCGGUUAAAGUCAUCCUGUUUCCAAAUGAUGUUCAUGGAAUUGAAAGACCACAAUCCGACUUUGAAAGCUUCCUUAGCAUUGCUGCAUGGUUCAACAAGUAUUGCAAAUGAGGAGCAUUUUCAGAUAUCAGUGAUCAAAUCUUAUAACUUCCCAGAUAUUCUUGUGUAUACCCUGUUAUGUUGCAAACUGUAUUUUAAGAAUGAAAAAGAUAUUGAACCAAACUGUAUUUGUCUUAUGGUUCUCUUUUCUUAAAGAUUAUGUCAACCGAUGAUUUUGUAUGCUGAUCUUCUAACUCUUCAUUAA